CUUCAGAUGAACUCCGAAUCUCUUCAUCAGUUUCCUCUUUCUACCUCGAACCUCAAAAGAUUGUGGUGUCAAUCGAUUGAUAUUUCCCCGCGGUUCCCUCUGUGUGAACGGCCGCCCAGGAUCCGCAAGCUUCUUCGCAAGUCUUCCCCGGACCCCAAGGUAUGCGCCAACCGUUGCUCGGCCCCGUAUUCAAGCGUCACUGUCCUCCUCCUUGAGGACACUCGUAUCUGCCUCCUCCGACUUCCGACCUCGUGCUCCUCUCGUCGCCUAGACCGCCGACCUACUUGUCGACUCCCACUCGAAUUGCAAUCGCAUUUUACCAGCUAGGCGACAGUUGUUCAAAAUCAACUCCGCGCCAUUUUUCCUGCCUCCGUUUCUUACCUUCCUUCUCCUUUAGACCAGCAAGUCUUUUCGCGGAAACAAAAGCACCUCUUCUCAGCCGAAAUACCAGCGCGUACGAAUUUUAUCAAGCAGCGACAAUCACCAACAAGAUGUCAACACAAUCCUCACUAGCCCUCAAAGAGGAGGGUAACCGCCACUUCCAAAAAGGCGACUACGUCGCUGCCGAGGCGUUGUACACCAAGGCAAUCCUCGCUGACCCUACCAACCCCCUCCUCUACACCAACCGCGCCAUGGCCCGCCUCAAAAUGUCUCGCUGGGACUCGGUAAUCGAAGACUGCGAGGAAUGUCUCCGCCUGUCCUCCUCCAGCAGUACCGGCAGCAAAAACUUCAAAGCCCUCUACUACCUCUCCCAAGCGCACCUCCCGCUCAGAAACUACGACCAAGCCGUUGCCUACGCGCUAGAAGCGCACAAGAUUUGCGCAGAGACGCACGACAAGAGUUUGGCGGCCGUGACGAGUCAGGUGCUCAAGUGCAAGAAGGAGAGGUGGGAGCACAGGGAGAAGUUGAGGAAGAGGGAAGAACAGGAACUGGAGGGCGAGGUGGUGGAGAUGCUGAGGAGGGAGAUGGACGGGUUGCUGAAGACUACUAGUUCUAGUGGUGGUGAGGAUGGGGACAAGGAUGAGGAGGAGGAGGAGAGGAAAGAGACGGAAAAGAUGUACGAGGAGAAAAUCGAGAGGAUACGAGCCGUCUUUGAAAGGGCGAGGGAUAAGGAAAACCAGCGAAGACCGAAUCCGCCAGAUUGGGCGAUUGAUGAUAUCAGUUUUCAGGUCAUGGUUGAUCCUGUGAUGACAAAAACAGGCAAAUCCUACGAACGCGCAUCCAUCGAGGAACACCUCCGAAGAAGCGAGACGGAUCCGCUGACGAGAACACCCCUGACCAUCAAGGAUCUGCUGCCCAACAUUGACCUCAAGCACGCUUGCGAGGAGUUCUUGAAUGAGAACGGGUGGGCGGUUGACUGGUAGAAGCACUGAUCGUCUCGGUAGGAGUUUACGGUCUUACGAUCCUUCCUACUUGGCCUUGAAUUCAUUUUUGAAAAGUCAGCCAUUGUUUGGGCACUCUUGGGGUACAAGCUUUCCGUUCAAUAUUGCUAUAAUAAUCAGUGCAUAGCAGAGCGGUGUUUCUGGAGGUUGUUUUUAUUUCAAUUUUAUAAGCUUGAACGGCUUAUAAGCGUGUGAUUGCGUUCAUUGCGCUUCAACCGCUAGGCAAAUCACAGCGGCUUCGUAUUGUACCUCUGUGCAUCAAGAUUGGUGAGAGCCUGAGAGACACUACAGUACUAAUCAACAAUCCAAGCAGAGUGUGCCAGUAAACAAGACAUAUAUUCCACGACUCAG